AUGCGUAUCAUUGCCUUUGCUGCUGCUGCGUUAGCCUUCGCCAUGCCCAUUUCUCUACGUGUCUGCGCGGCGUUUGGUGUCUCCUCUCAGAACGGAGUUAUCAAAGACUGCACCUCCGGAAGUUGUAUCGGCAAGGUCGGAGAGUCCUGCACUCAAUCCCUCGCAGGACCCGUUUUGUGCCCUGUUUGA